CAUCGCUGCCUUUAGCAAAGCGGGUCAAGGCCCGGAUCCGCCCCCGACGGGGCGGGGAAGCCGCCGAAGGCCUCCCCCCGCCUCCCCUUCUCCGUCCCUCCCCAUCGCAGCCUCCGAGUCCGGGGCACCGCCGGGUCGCUUCGGCUGCUGCAGCCAAGGCUGCCAUGGCGUGUGGAUUGGCCGCCAGACUCCUCUCUUACUUCUCGUUGCUCCUCUGCUCGGCUCGAGGCAUCGCUACAGGGACGGAGGAGGUGGUGAUUGGGGAGGUGGAAGGAAACGUCACCCUCAUGUGCCGGAAUGUGUCUCCGCGAGCGGUCAAGGUGGAAUGGUUUCACGGGGACCCGGGACAGAUCCCCAUCCUCUUCUCGUCAGACGGCAGCCUCCCUUCCGACACUCGCUUCUCCCUGGUGAAGAACAGCUCCUUCCACAUCUCAGGCUUGCGGCUGCAGGACGAAGGCAACUAUACCUGCAGAGAGGUCCUAAACGAGACAGACCACAAACACAGGAUUCAGUUGCUCGUUGCCAGUGGCCCCACCAAGGUGAAUGUCAACAUCAGUCCUGUCACGGUGUUACCAAAUGGCACCCUCUAUGCCCAGAGACAUGGGACCCUCAACUUCUCUUGCACCAGCGACUCCCGACCAACCUCUGCGACCAAAUGGGAUUUCUCCCAGUCUGGCUCCGGGCAGGAGCCCUUCACGGAAGUCAACAGCUCCCUGAGUGACUUUACCCUCUACAACUUGUCGCCCAGGUUGCAAGGAAAUUACUCGUGCUCGGCAACUAACCUGCUCAGCCACCGGCAGCAGACCGUCACCCGUGAACUCCUGAUCUACUAUCCUCCACCAUCACCGCCUCGAUGUUGGGCUCAAACCUCCGCGGAAGGCUCUGGAGGGGUGCAGCUCCUUUGCAGCUGGACCGGGGGUUACCCGCACCCCACGCUUCAGUGGACCAAUCUGGGGAACCUGAGCCGGGGAAGUAACGUGCCGGGCAUUGCAGACACCAAUGUGGCUGCUUUGAACAGCUCGCCUCUGCUUUCUGGGAAGGAGUUUGUUUGCCGCGGGGUCCACCUGCUGCAACAGACCGGCCAGGCCUGCACCGUGAGGCUGGAGGCCCCUUCGCUUGUGUCCGACCCCAUGAGGAACUGCUUCGUAGGGGGGGCCACCAGGAUGACAUGUCAGGCCAGUGCCGGAAACCCCCCUGCCAAUAUUUCCUGGCUGCGCAACAUCUCCCGGACCCAGACGGAGAUCCGUUCCGGCGGGAGGUUUCUGGUCAGCCAAAAGGGCAACGUCUCCACUCUGGUCAUCCAGAACUGCUCUCAUGGUGCGGACAGCGGUUUGUACAUUUGCAAGGUUGAAAACCCCCUGGGGCUGAAGGAGGCCUAUGUUUACCUCACCGUGAUCGAGCCAGUGAACAUCGCAGGCAUAGUGGGUGCAAUUGUGGUCCUUUUGCUGCUGGGCGUUCUAGUCCUCUCUGGAGUCCUCUUAUACGCUGGACCCCGUUGGUGCCUAAAAGCCAACAUGCUCAGGAAUCGAGAUGCAAAUGAUAUUCUUGUGCUGAUGGAUUCGGAGGAAGAGGAUCCGCUGGCGGAAGCAGCCGGGGAGCCUGCUUCAAAUCAGGGGGUUGCCCUGGCUAGUGGAGAGUCUGCCACGCCUCACCAAAGCCCCCAGGUAGACGUGCCUAGUGAAAUUUCCCCGGAGGACACCAACAGAGAAACCGGGUCCAAAAUGUAGAGGGAGCUCUCUUCAUCGUUGCCUUUCCGUGUGUGCUAGGAACCAAAGCUUCACCGCAAUGUGACUCUGCUCCGAUCCUGACCGGGGAGAAGGAAGGAGUUCAUUCGGCAGCCAGAUCAUUCUCAGAGGCCUUCUUCAUCUUGAUCAUGCCCUUCCACAUUUUUCAUAAUUCUCCCGCCUGCUCCCCCGCCCCCGGUCUUCCUUUAAAGAAAAAAAGACUGAGCUUGAAACUUCAUGGCAGCGAUACAGGAAAUGUGCAGGGAGGGGGCAGGAGCAGGGCAGUUUCCUUCCUUAGGAGCAAGAAGGAAAGAUUAAGGCUGUGUUAGGAAGGAGCUUCGCUGGGCGUCCUCCAGGGCAGCUUGAAGGGCUGGAGGGAGGGGGUUGUCUUGAACCCGGUUCCGUUUGCCCAGCUUGGAUCUUCCUUGGCAUGAAAAUGAAUUGGGUUAUUCUGAUCCUUGUCCAUAACUAUGGGCAGGAUUCUUGCAUUGCAGGGGGUUGGAAUAGAUGAGCCUUAAGGUCCCUUUGAGCUCCACAAUUCUGUGAUUCAUUGGCUUGCAUAUUUACAGCAAAGUGGAGGCAGCUGGCACAACUAUGCUUCCUCUGUGGCCUUAAGCAAGCUGAAUGUACCCCUCUUAACUCCUUCUGUUCUGGGAUUCUCUUUUGGGAAGGGCUUGUAGCUCAGGGGCUAGAGGAUCUGCCUUGCAUACAGGAGGUCCCUGGUUCAGUCCCUGGCAUCUCCAGUUGGGACUGGAAUAAGACUCCUUGUCUGGAGAGCUGCCAGUCAGUGCAGGCAAUCCUGAGCUGGAUGGACAAGUGGCUGUUUUCCUAUGUUUUUUAGAGAAAGAGAUGUAGCUCAGUGGAAGAACAUCUUCAUUGCAUGCAGCAGGCCCCCGGCUCAAUCCCAAACGGCAUCUCCAUGUAGCUAAGAAAGAACCCUUGGCCGAAAUCCUGGAGAGCCACUGCCGGUCUGUUUAGGCAUGAUUCUGCAUUAGGCUGCCUCCUGUGUGGGGUUGUCAGCAGUAAAUGAAUUUAAAGCUUAGGGGCAAUGUAAACCUGAAAAGGUACCAGCAGGCCCGGCUCUAGGGGUAGUCUCGGUGGCACGGGGCACCAGGCCAGCGGGGGGGGGGGGGGCGCUGCGCAUUGAAGCCGUGCGGAAGCCGUGCUGCACACUGCGCCCACCCACCAGGGCGGGGGCGCUGGAGCGAUCUCUGCGCCACGGCGCCAGGGCGCCCGACCUGCUUGAGAUUGCCCUGGGUACCAGGCUACUGUGAGUUGCUGAGUGGUACAAUAAAGCAAGCCCUAUGAAGAAAGAAUGAAGUCUGUGGGCUUCUCAGAUCUCCUUUGUAGAAUCCUAAGAUCAUAAAGCAUUAGAUGCCCUGGUCUAAAAACACUAGAUGGGAAACUGAUUUAUGUAUUUCAGACAAAAUUUGGGGAUGUCGUGGAUCUGGGUUAUGCCAGUGGAGGCCUUACCCGAUAAAACACUGGAUGUAGUUAAUAUGAAAUAAAUAUUGUGCCCUAUUGCUGCAUAAGCCCAUUCUGCAGAUGGGUUAAGACCGCCCCCCCCCCCCAAUGAUGUCGCCAGUUCAUGGUAGCUGCAAUCCUCCAGGACAGUUUCCUGAGUAUGCACAACUGAAGCAAAUGGGAGCCAUCUAGGAGUACAGUACAGAUCAGCUCACAAUCAUUUUGGUGGGGCCUGUUUGAGUAGACUGUGCCCUCUUCCAAAAUCAAUUUUCCAGCCCAUCCAGUUACUUGGUGUGUUUGUGUGUGACACAGGCUGGCUUGGGCUGUGUGGUUUGGUAAGCUGAUUGCUUAAAAAAGAAUUGUUACCUGGAGGCAACAGCUGGUCCCAAACUCAAUUCCAAAGAGUUGUAGAAACAGGUUUUUCUUCCGGAGAACAACUGUGCAGGUGAUCUUUUGCUUAUGGAAUAAAAAUGUGUAUUUUGCA